UGCUGUGUUUCACAUAGUUUUGGUCGUAUUUAGGGUAUUUUUAUUUAAAUUUUAUAUAUCAUAUUUUAAGCAACUUCAUGUGCGAUAGGACACCUCGAAUAACUGCAACUGCGCCGCGAUGUUUGCGCUGUUGCCCACCCUGCUGUAAUCCCUGUCUCUGCUGUCCGCCGGCCUGCUGUGAGCCAUGCACUGCCUAUUGCUUUUUCGACUUGGAGUCGGCGGUAUUUGACACGCGUCAUAUUUAUCAACGCGCCUGUCGCGAACUGCUGGCCAGCUAUAAUAAGACCCUGCCCGAGGAGGUGCUUAUGCGCUGUGGUCCCAUGGAGACGCACGAGAUGGCCCAGUUAAUAUGCCGCAAAUGCGAGCUGCCCGUGCUCUGGGAGAACUUCCUGGUGCAGCUAAAUGAACACACCUGUGAGCUGAUUGCCAAUCCGCCGCUGAUGGAAGGCGUCGAGCGUCUCGUCAAGCAUUUGUAUGACAAUUGCAUUGGCCUGGCGCUGAUUACCUCCAGCACUAGAGCGCUAUACUGCAAGAAGAUACGCGGCCGCGAAGAGUUCUUCGCUAUGUUCAACGUUGUGCUCUGCUCCGAUGAAUAUAAUCGUCCCAAGCCAGAACCGGAUUGUUAUUUAAUUGCCAUGUCGUUACUCUGUGAUCCGCCCUGUGUGGAAUGCUGUUUGGCCUUCGAUGGAACCACCAAGGGCGUGCAGGCGGCCAGGGAGGCGCACUUGCAGGUGAUUAUGUUGCCGGAUCCCGAUCUGCCCUGUUGCUGGUCUGAGCUGGCCACGCAACGCCUUGAAACGCUUGUCGACUUUGAUCCCGAGGAGUUUGGCAUGCCGUAUCUGGAACCCUUACCUGAACCACCGCCGGCACCGUCGGUUCGUGCAAGUGCAGACGAUCAGGGACCCAUCGCCAUAAAGUCGGAAGAGGAGAUUAUAACCAGCGGACAGGACGAAGAGGAGCCGCCGGAGACAAACGUUGAGGAGCCACCCACAGAACCAGCUUAGAUUUUAUAUAUAUACAUACAUAUAUGAACAAAGUUUUAUCAAAAAAGCUAAACAACCAAAUUUAUAGUUUUAUUA